AUCAUUGCUACAACUUAUUAUUAACUACACUCAAAACUGUAAACGUACAAGUACUAGCUAAGCUUUGCCUUAAUUUGUAAUCAAAGAUUAUGGCUCAAAUCCAGAAGUACGGACCAUAUGGUGACAAGGAAGCUGUACAAAACUUCUCGUUGAUGCUCCAAGGAUCUGAUAGAAUCACAGAAGUAGUAAUAAGGUCGGGGUUCAUUGUGGAUGCGAUCGGCCUCACCAUAACCGACGCCAAUGGACAAUCCGAUACUACCCAGUUUGGUGGCAAUGGCGGACAGCAAUACAAGAUCAAGCUCCAAAUUGGAGAAUACAUAACUGGAAUAAGUGGGAUUGCUAAGAAUUCAUUGAUAUCCCAAAUGAGGAUCCAUACUACUUUGCAUCCUCGCGGACACGGGCCGUACGGAACUGACCAACUUAAGGGAGGCUGCGACUUUAAAUCUCCGAUGCCAUUGCCUCAAAAUGACCGCAUUGUUGGUUUCUUUGGAACUGCUCAGGACAACCUUGUUUCCAUUGGACUCUAUGCUGAAAAGAAUAACCCGCAAAAAUGGGUGACUAAGAAGUGCGGACCUUAUGGUUCGCAAUAUGCUGAAAAUUAUAGCUUCAAACUUGAAGAGUGUGAAAGCAUCAAAGAAGUAAUAAUAAGGCAUGGAUUUAUCGUGGAUGCAAUUGGGUUCGUUGUUGCAAAGCCAAAUGGAUGCACCUACACCAAGGUAUUUGGUGGGAAUGGAGGAAAUGAAUCCAAGAUUGUACUCAAGGAUGGUGAAAAUAUAACUCGAAUUAGCGGCACCUAUGGAAACUACAAUUAUCUAGGCAAUAAUUGUGUGAUUGCCACAAUGAAAAUCCACACAAAUUUAUGUCCAAAUGGAUAUGGACCAUAUGGAAAAGGAACGGCAAUCCAAGGUUGCGCUCACGAUUUUGCAUCGCCACUCCUUGACGGCCCUAUGAUCGGAGUGUUUGGAAGGCACUCCAUCUAUCUCGAAUCUCUUGGUAUCUUCUACAAAAAACUGGAAUGAUCAUGCUAUUAAGUACGGUUGUAAAGAGUUUAGCUAUUUUCAUAGCUAGCUAACCUCCAACUUCCUGCAAAAAUUACGGUGGUUAUGUAUUUCAAUUCUACGACUGUCAUCUAUAUUGACUAUAUAUAUGUCGUAUUGCAAACUAUGUAUCUUUGUUUUAAAUAAGCCAAAUACUUUAUCUACUACAAAGUGGCAUUUUGACCAUCUUAUCUAUUGUAACCAUAUAAUAAACUUAUUGGAGUGUUGUAACGUUGUUACUUGAUGAGUACUUAAUACAAGUAUAUUAUUGUCUUGGUGUCUA